AUGCAACUUGGUACUAGCAUACCUGCCAUAUGUGUACUCAGUAAAAUCGAUGAGUAUUUCCAAGGCCAAGCGCCUAAUUGUGAAGACGAUGUCAAACAACUGGAAGAAUAUACUGAAAAAGCUUUAAAGUCGGUAAACAAGUACUUGAUUGAUCCAGCUGUCCAAUGUAUUCCCAUAUCAACAAGAUACAAUUAUGGUGUUGACCAACUUCGACUGAGUUUAAAUGCUCAAUCACCGUUGCAUGCUCAAAUCAUUGACAAAAAUCUCGAUUACAUUAGCCGAUGUCGACUAUCAAUUGCCAAUAAAAUUAUAGCUGCUUUUUCUACAGCUUCUGCAGCAGCAUCGUUUCUACCUCUUGCUAAUAUCUUCAUUGUAACUUUCUUACAAGAAUGA